AGCAUCGCCUUUGUCGUCGAUCGAUAGAGUAGCCGACCAUGGCGUGGUGGCGCGAGAGGCUGGUGGCGCCGGUGCGGCGGGCGUGGCUCGCGGUGGCGCGGCGGGCGCGCAACGGCGGGAGCACAGGAGUGGUGGACCUACACAGGGACGUCCAGACCUGCGGGUACAACGAUGUCCAGGUGAUGUGGAACAUGCUCAACUCCGAGAACCAGACCUACGGCUUCAGGCCACCGGCGCCGGAGAAGCCACGGCGGCGCCAGGCUUUCUGCUGGAGGCCGUCGUUUUCGCACCUCCGGAGGCCGCACCGAGCUGCGGCGGUGAGCUGAGAUCCGCCGGACAGCCGUGAUUUGAACUAUGGCAUGUAUAGGCUGUGACAUUUCGGCAUCUAAUAAUCUCAAAUAAAAACCGCUGCUACUGUGGUGUUAUGUACAUAGAAGGAUGGAUGUUCGACUGUAAUUACUUUAGAUGGGUAUAGAAGGGAUGUCUCAUUCUAGUGCUUUUCUUGCCGCAUGGAAGACAGCAAACUGUGACUUGCUCAGUGUAGAGACCACAUGUUUCAAAAUCUAGGCAG